AUAGAAUCUACUAGUACCGUUGUUGCUAAACAAAUGGCCACAACUCUCCUCAAAACCUCUCUCUUUCAAGCUUUUCCUUUCACCAACAAAACCUUUGCUAUCUUCCUCUCCCCUUGCAGAAGAAGAACUCGGUCCUUCGACCUCAAAGCAUCGUUGAUGGAAGGUAGUAGUGAAGUGAAAGAGAACGAGGAGGGCAGCAGGGGUGGAAAGAAGAAAAUCUUCGUUGCUGGUGCCACUGGAAGCACUGGCAAGAGGAUAGCUGAGCAGCUUUUGGCUAGGGGUUUUGCUGUCAAGGCUGGUGUCCGGGAUAUUGAUAAGGCCAAAACAACCUUUUCUGCGAACCCUGAUCUUCAAUUUAUAAAUGCAGAUGUAACAGAGGGUUCAGCAAAACUAGCUGAUGCCAUUGGUGAUGAUUCAGAUGCAGUAAUUUGUGCAACGGGCUUUCGACGUUCAUGGGAUUUAUUGGCUCCAUGGAAGGUUGACAAUUUUGGCACAGUAAACCUUGUUGAAGCGUGCCGAAAACGUGGGGUUGAUAGAUUUAUCCUUAUUAGUUCAAUUUUAGUAAAUGGUGCUGCUAUGGGGCAAUUAUUAAAUCCAGCCUACAUAAUUCUGAAUGCAUUGGGACUUGUAUUAAUAGCAAAGCUUCAGGCAGAGCAAUACAUCAGGAAAUCAGGAAUCAACUACACAAUCAUAAGACCAGGUGGGUUAAGGAAUGAUCCACCUUCAGGAAAUAUAGUAAUGGAGCCAGAGGACACACUUUAUGAAGGCUCAAUAUCCAGAGAUCAGGUUGCUCAAGUUGCUGUUGAGGCAUUGCUUCAUCCAGAAUCUAAUUAUAAAGUUGUAGAGAUAGUUGCUCGUGCUGAAGCUGCGAAACGGACAUUUGAGGAACUCUUUGGUUCCAUAAAACAGCGGUGAUUACAUGGUUGAAUUUGGAAUAGAUGAAAAUCUAUUUCACUUUUCAAUCUUUUGUCUCUUUGCAAAUUUUUGGUUCCCUAUUCGUGUAUAUCCUGUUACGUAUUUAGAAUUUUAAGCAUGCUUCCUUGUCUGGUAACCUUUGUCCCUGCAAAAACAUCUAUCAAUGUACCUUCCAGAAACUUGGCUCUUAUAUGAGUUUAGGUUCUGUAGAAAUAAACCUACAAUGUUUAUCAUGGGAAAGGAACCACAUGAAGAUGAACUUUUACAUUAUUUGAUGUGAUUGAUGUUA